UGAAGCAGGGAAACUCAAGAAAGAAACUGUGGCCACUGCCCAGCAGGCACGAAGACGAGGCACCUGUACUCAGUGGUCAGCAAGGAGAGCACAAAAAGAUAUCUCUGGGCAGGAGCCAUGGCAUGGCCACCCCCCUGCUGGCUCUUCAUUUGGGGGACCCUAGCAGGGAUCUCAGCUACUCCAGCCCCUGGAAGGUGUCCAGAGAAGCACUACUGGGCUCAGGGAGGACUAUGCUGUCAAAUGUGUGAGCCAGGAACAUUCCUUGUGAAGGAUUGUGACCAGUACAGAAAGGCUGCUCAGUGUGAUCCAUGUAUACCAGGGGUCUCCUUCUCUCCAGACCACCACACCCGGCCCCAUUGUGAGAGCUGUCGGCACUGUAACUUUGGUCUUCUCCUUAGUAACUGCACCAUCACUGCCAAUACAGAGUGUGGCUGCCCCAAGGACUGGCAGUGCAGGGACAAAGAGUGUACAGAGUGUGAUCCUUCUCCACACCCCUCUCUGACCAUUCAUCCAUCUGAAGCCCUGGGCCCAUACCCACCACCCACCCACUUACCUUAUACCAAAAAGAUGCCAGAGACCGGGACAGUCAAUCAUGUGCAGACUCCGGCUGAUUUCAGGCAGCUGCCUGACCCAACUCUCCCCACCCACUUGCCACCUCAAAGGUCCCUGUGUAACUCAGACUGUGUCCGCGUCUUUGUGAUCUUCUCUGGAAUGUUUCUUGUUUUCGCCCUGGGAGGAGCCCUGUUCCUCCAACAAAGAAAAUAUGGAUCAAACAAAAAUGAAAGCCCACUGGAGCCUGCUGAGUCUUGUUCUUAUAGCUGCCCGAGGGAGGAGGAGGGCAGCACCAUACCCAUCCAAGAGGACUACCGAAAACCAGAGCCUGCUUCCUACCCUUGAGCCAGCGUUGGGUGGGGGUGGAGGAUGGAGGGGAAGGUCAUGGUCGAAAUAAAGCUCUAACCUCCUUUCCACCUCACUGGCUGUCCAGAGAGCCAGACCUGGCAGCCCUUACUUCAGUACCAUCCUCUUAUCGGGAUCCUUUCCUAUGUACACUUGACAAAGUGCCUUGCUGAGACUGGCACGAAUUGAGACUGAGACUGAAUGAACAGGAGACUGAUUAAGCAAGCUUGGCCCUGGUACUAAGGGAGGGCCCAAGCUUUAGCUGUAAAACACACUUCUGGCUGCAAAAGCCCCACA